ACCGGUUGACAGGGGAUGCUUACUCCUCCUAGCUACCUGAUCCAACCUCUGGCAUAUCCAGUUCCGAAACAUCGAAGAUAUUUUCAAUUUCCUUGGCCGGAGUCAGCGUCUUCAAAAAAGGUUAAAGUUGAGAUAUUUCAAGAUCCUUCUAACAUUUCUAGGAAGGACACAAAACUUUCAACAACUGUUCAAAAUCCAGGUGCACAGAUGAAAAGUUCAGAGCAUUCGUUUCCAUUCAACGAUUUAGUGAUACUUUGCAAUCGUAAAGUUACAACAUGCAAGAAAGUAUUGAUGGAUUUCAAGAAUAGAUAUUCUGUUUCAAAUGAGCUCCAAUGGGUAUCCAAUGCCCAGGAUGUCAGGGAUGUUAAGAAAGGUGUUCUGGUUUGCUUGAAAAUAUCCCGUUUGACAGAUGACAUAACAGAUGCUAUAAAAAUGGUCGAUCUUUCAGAUGCUGAAACAAUUUUCCUCGUCAUUAUACAUACGGUUGAACCAGGUAUAGAAGUGGAUACUUCGUUCUUGUCGCGAGAUUCUAGAAUAGAUGUUGCUCACAUUGUGUAUAGCGAGAAUUGUGGUUGCUAUGACUGUCCAGAAAACAAGAGCGCAAUUUCAAAAUUGAGUUCAUGGUUCAAGUCUUAGACGUGGAUGUUAUGUACUAAUAUCAGAAUCCUACUUUACACUGUACACUGCUACACUUUGAAACUGUUGACAAGAAUGAGAUUAAUGUAAUCUCGGCAUUUCUGUUGAAAUAAAAUCCUAUUCAGACGCAA